UUAAAAAAUAAUUGUCUAUCUGACGUUUUACUUAAAUAACUUCGUAUCAAGUAUUUCGAUAUUAUAAUUUGUUUAAAUUCUAGAUUAGGGAGAUCAUCUGCUUUGCAAGUGUCAACAGUAGUUAUCUCUUAAACAGUGAAGCAAAUCAUCCUUUACACUAAUCUCUAAUGUGUUAAAACCAUUCAAGUUAACCAAUUACAACUUUCACUUAUUACGACGACAAGAUACUCAAAAAAGAUUGAAUAAACUAUUUAAUUUCUGGAAGCUUCUUCACGGAAAACUAGUGUCGUCAACAUGGUCAGGGUAUAUGCACUAGGAGUUCUCUACAAGGGAGUGAACAGCGCAACUGUGCUGAAGGCAGCAUAUGAUUUGCAAAGCUUUAGUUUCUUUCAACGUUCAUCUGUACAAGAAUUUAUGGUGUUUGUGAGUAAAACUAUAGUGGAGAGAACACAACAAGCAACAAGACAAUCAGUCAAAGAAGGUGAAUACAUGUUACAAGUGUAUGUACGAGCAGAUAACCUUGCUGGGAUCUUAAUAUCGGAUCAUGAGUACCCUAAUAGAGUAGCUCACACACUAAUAACUAAAAUUCUAGAUGAAUUUACUGCUAAAGUGCCGACAAAUUUAUGGGCAACUGGUAAUGAAACCUCUAUAGAUUUUCCUGUUCUACCUCAGUAUUUAGCUAAAUACCAGAAUCCAAGAGAAGCUGAUGCUUUAACGAAGAUACAAAAUGACCUUGACGAAACAAAGAUAAUACUGCAUGAUACUAUCAAGGCUGUACUAGAAAGGGGAGAAAAACUGGAUGAUUUAGUUGCUAAGUCUGACAGUUUGACAAUGCACAGUAAGGCAUUUUAUAAAACAGCUCGUAAAACCAACAGUUGCUGUAAUUUUUGAGGUAUUUAGCAUUUUUUUUAUAGAAAUGCUGUUUAUCAGAUCUAAAAAAAUAACCAUAAUAAUUUUAGUGUGGUACAAUUUAAUAUUUAUAUGAAGAGUUUUAAUUUCUUACUUUGACAUAAAUAUAAACACUUUGGAAAAACAAAUAUCUUUCUUGAUUUCUGUUGUUAAUUAAUUUUAUGUUUCUUAUAAAUUUAAAAUCAACAUGGGUUAGCAUUCUUCAUAUAAAACUAAUUGCACACUAAAAAAAAGCAUUUUUGCAAUAAUAGAACAGAUUCCGUUUCUUGAGAAAAUCUGGUGUGGGGUGGGUGCCCCUCAGUAGAGACUGCAAAUAUGUAAAAUAAAUAAAAACCACUAUAGAAAAUACCUUACUAAUGAUAGCUGCCAUCUUAGACCUAGCCUAGAUCAAUGACAACUACCAUGUUUCUUUUGGGAUAUCUCAGGUCUAACUACUUCAGAUGAUUUAUAGUAAAAAAAAAUCAUAUUUGAUACGGCCUUCACAGGUUCAACUAACCUUUCCAGUGGCUACUCAUUGGAUAUCUCUAAAUAGCAUUUUAUUUAGUUAAAUGUAUAUAAAUAAUGGGUUUCAUAUAAAUAAUGGGUAUUACAUAUUGAGAUAUGAUUUUGGAAUGUGAUAUUUGAUGUAAUAGCAUUGAGUAUUUCAUUUUGAUUUAUUUUUAUUGUAUAGUUGUUAGAUUUUGCUUGUAUUUUAAUCUUUGUAAUUAAGAUG